AUGAAUGAAGAAGGGUCACUUACAUCGUUUGAAAUAUAGUGCCUGACUCCUUAUUGAUUUCUAGGAAAAGUGUCUUUAAAGAAAAAUUUCUUUUGAGAUUUUAAAAUAUUUUAAAAUGUCUAAUUUAAACUGACAAAAGGAGAUAUAAGAUGAAAUUCUUAAAUUUAGUUUUGACUAUUUAGAUUUUCUUAAAAUUUCAAAUAAUUUUAUCUUUUUAGGGUCAUUAUUCUUAAAGAUCUAUAAAGGGGUAUACGCUAUAGAUGGAGAAAGGGCAAUCAGAACUGCCAGCCUUUCGGCAAUAUCAACUUUAGACCAAACGCUUUUAAGAACUAAAGAAAUCUUGAUGGAUUCGAAAACUUUCUCUGAAAAUGUUAUGCCGAUUUACCAUGGAUAGCCACUAAGGAGUCUACUUUUGUUGACUAGACAAGAUUUAUUUUGGCAGAUCUAAUUUAAUUUGGUAAUCCAAAUUUGACUCAAAUAUUUCAGCCAAGCUAUAGUUUAAUUUAGCAAUCCAAGCUAGCCAAAAAAUGCUCCAUCUGGCUAUUCAAGCUAGAUCAGUAUAUGAAAAAGCGGUUGGAUUUGAGCAGCAAAGUAGUAAACCUUUCUGAGUCUGGUGAUAGGCUAGCAAAUACAUUUGAUUUUAAAAAUAGCUCGACCUUGGAUUUUAAAAAAGACCUCCCUAUGAGUCGGACUGAGAAAGCUCCUGAGAUUCAUGAAUUAAUGUUUGAAAUGAGUAAGAUAUGCAAGGAAAACGAAAAUCUUAAAAAAUCGUUGAUGAGCACAGAAGAUAAACUAAAAAGCACUGAAAGCGAACUGACUAUUGAAAGAGGAGUAAAAGAGUUUAAUAACAAAGCACACAAAACUGCAGAAGCAGAAUUAUCAAACAAGCUUGAAGAAUUAUAUAGCAUAAAUUGCUCUUUAAAAAACUCUUUGCUAGAGAAAGACAAAAUUAUAAGGUCUCUUGAAAACUCAAUAUCUGACUUAAUGAAAAAUCGUCAAGAACUUAUGAUUGAGAAUAAAAAGCAAGAAAGAGCUAUAAAAGACUUGGAAUUUAAUCAUGCAAUAGAAAUAGAAUCCUUGAAGGAAAAAAUCAAAGAAAAAUGUAGCAGCGCUGAAAAAGAUUUAUUGGAAAGAGAGCUGCAAUCAGCUAAAGAUUACAUAAAUUCACUUAAAUCUGAAUAUUCCAGCUAUUUUGAAAACUUGAAAAAUGAGCUUGAGAGGGUUAAAAAGAAUUACGCAGACCUAUCUGCUGAAAAAGAAUCGUCAACAUUUUAUAUUGAUGAAAUUAACAGUCUUCACCAAAAAAACAGUGAGCUUAUGCAGCAAAUAAGAUGGCUUGAAGACGAUAAAUAUAGCAGAAACCAAGAAAAAGAAAAUAUGCCAGUUGAGAAGCAUUACCACUCAAGGAAUAGCUCUGAUUGAGCCUCUGGAUUUAGCAUAGACUUAAAUCAAAGCUCAUUAAUGAGAAAAGAUCUUGAGUCUAAAAUAUCAAAAACAUCAGAAAACUUUUCUAUUCUAAAACAGCAGUUUCCGAAAAAGAAAAGCAGCAGUCUCAUUGAUAAGGUUGUUGAUACCAGCAUUUGCGACUUAGUUCAAAAAUCAAGGGUUGGCCUUGGAAUUCCAAAUGAUUUUCCUGAUUUAGAUAUAAUUGGGAUCAACUCCACAAAAAAUACCUCAAAACCCACACCUAAAACUCGGACUUUCAGCAAGAUAUAUAGACGAUCCAAUAGCUCGAUCCCAUGCCACACUUGUUAUGUUCAAAAAAAAAGUAAUAAAUAA